GUUAUCUUCUUCCACAAAUUCUCAAAUCGCAGAAAAAGAAACCCUAAAGGCGUCUUCUUGCGCAGAUUCUCAAAUCGCUGCAUCGUCUUCCGCUUCUCUUCUCGCGUUGGUGGCUACUCCAUUCGAGUCAACCAGUUCUCAAAUUCUUUCAGUUUCUCGCUUAAUCUCAGGCGUCUUCUUUCGGAGAUUCUGAAUCAUGUCUUCUUUGUCGCGCGUUGGUUCUGAAUCCAUGUCUUCCUCUUCCCGCAUUGGUGCGCUACGGUUCAAUAUUCAGCAAAACCUGAUUGAAGAUAAUGUGAGGGCUGGUGCAUACUACGCUAGUGUCAUGGAGAAUAAACUAGAUUUUUCUGGUUGUGUUGUUCUCCAUGUGGGGGCUGGAAGUGGCGUUCUAGCAUUGUGCGCUGCCCAGGCCGGUGCAAAGCAUGUGUAUCUUGUCGAAGCUUCUGAAUAUGCCCUUAAGUUGAUUGAUGAAAAUCCAACUCUCUCUGAACUGAUCACUGUCAUCGAAGGCAACGUUGAGGAUGUUGCUUUACCUGAGAAACCGGAUGUUCUUAUCUCUGAACCAUUGGGGAUGCAUUUCACACAUGGCUUCAACGAGAGAGGGCUGAAAUCUUAUGUGAUUGCUAGGGAUCGCUUCAUCUCCCCUAAUGGCAAAAUGUUAGGCAAAAUGUUUCCCUCUGCGGGAAGGAUUCACAUUGCUCCUUUCACUGAUGAGUUCUUAUUCACUGAAAUGGCAAAUAAGCCUGUGGUGGAUGGGUUUGACAAGAGCUUAUUGGUGGCUCAUCCAAUGAUUCAUACUAUUGAUUUUACUCAGAAGAAGGAGGGAGAUUUUUACGUGAUGGAUAUGCCAUUAUUAUUCAUUUCUUCAACUUCCACGAUGGUGCAUGGCCUUGCUCUGUGGUUUGAAGUUCUUUUGGACGGGAGCGUGGACAAAAGAUGGAUAAAAACUUCUCCCAGGGCACCAACAACGGAUUGUUUCCGUAUUAGAUGCGUUUUCCCCCACGCUGUUGACGUCGUCAUUGGUCAAAGCAUAACUGGCAGAGCUCGUUUUGAGGCCCUUACUGAUCAGAGUUACACCAUAGAUAUAACGUUGACAGCUGAAAUGUUUGGUAGAGGUGGAAGUAAGAUUGGAUAUCAGUCAUACAAAUCAAAGUUCGAACUUUGUCAAGCACAACAAGUGACACCGUUACCUCCGAAGGAUGAGACAGAGGAUGAUUGGUAUUCUCAAUUCCAAUAUGGGGCCGAAGAUAAUUUUCAUGGAUUUUUCAUACCCUGGGAUUUGCUUCAAAGAUUUCUAUCUGCAGAAGAUGCAAAGUCUUCGAUGGUGGUGGGGAUUUUAGUUGGAACUGAGCAACAUAAGGUGACUCAUAUUCUGUUACCCCCGCAGUGGAGCAGACAAGGAGAGCUACACAUUUCAGACAUUCCCCUAGAGGACAUGCAUCUCCAAGGCACUACGUUAAUUGGGUAUCUGCGCACUGAGGCAUCCUGCGAGAUCACCCCACCAACAGCUGCUGAUGUUCGAUUCCUGUCCAAACACUUUGGUAAGGAAGCGAUCGUUGGCAUUUGCUCCAGCUGGUCCACCCCACCAUCCAUGGCUUUCUACAAACUCACGGAGGAGGCAUUUGUGGCAACAAGCUGGAAGUUGGAUGAAAAAACAUCAGUCCUGUUCUUGGUUCCUCGUGGUGGUAUUUGGAACUACAACACUUGUGUCAACAACCGCUGGAAGAACAUGCCGUAUAGGCUGCGGGUGUCGAGUCUUCCUAAAGCAUACUUGGGGUGUUGAAAGAAAUGAGGUUUUGUGUACAUAGGAAACAAAAGAAUAUAUGUGGAUAGAUAGGUCUGAUAGAUAGGUCUGUUAGUUUCUUCCUAACGCAUACUUGGGAUAUUGGAAUCAGUCUUGAAAACUUCAUUCUCUGUGA